GCACAGGCAACAGGAUAGGUGCAGAGAGAAAUCCUCUGAGAUCUGUAACAGGAGGGCAGCCAUGGAGAGCUGUGACAGCUCCUGCCAGGGUUGGUGUAGCGGUAGGCAACACUGGUUUGAACUCGGACCCAUGGACUUGAUGGAGCGCAAGGGCUCCCUAACCCUCCGCUCCCAUCACAAGAAAUACUCGAAGCCAGUGCUGGUGUAUUCCUGGCACCGUGACAGAGAAACUUAUCCCAAAGAUUAUGAUAUAGAGGGUCCUGAAGAAGUAAAAAAACUGUGUAAUUCAACAUAUUGGCGACUUGGAACCAACGAACCCCCAAUUUGGAUAUCAGAAACACAUGAGAAAAUGCCACAAGUUUGUUUAAACACAGAAUUGGCUGAAAUAAAGAGCAAGGCUUUAUUGAAUGAGGAAACUAUGAGCUCUGGAAUUAUUGAAAGGGACACUGGGUUGCCUGCCACAGGUUUUGGAGCUCUCUUUCCUAGCCACCCAUCAGAUUGGUACGAAAUGUGUGCAUUGACAACAUAUGCUGAAGAAUAUGCUCCACCGUAUGAAUAUCAGCCACUUGGUUAUCCUUGUCAAGAUGAUGAUUAUUCAGUUGUCCACAGAAAAUGCUGUUCUCAGUUCACAGAUCUAAAUGGUUCCAAAAGAUUUGGCAUCAACACCUGGCAUGACGAGAGUGGGACUUAUGCCAAUUCAUAUGUAAAACGAAAACUCUACCCAUUAACCAGUGGCCUUGUUCCCUUUUUAAAAUACUGUAUGGAAUCAGAUUCUAUAACUAAUGAAAGGUAAUGGAUGUAGCAGUUGAUGAUUUUCUAUCCUAAUAAAUGCAGUGGAAA